UCCAUUCUAGCUCUUGUUAGCGCAAGAAAUGAAGCAAUAACAAAGCAAAUCAAAGAUUGAAGGUGCCAUGGGAAAUUCCCAUGCUAAAAAGCGUGACCCUAAAAUUUCCAGAAACCUUGAAGAGAAAAUUCCCUCCCCCUUGUCGUAUUCGUUGUCAUCAAAUUCAUCAGAAACUUCAUCAUCCACAUCUUUCAAGAUGCAUCCUCAUAGUUCCGGGAAACUAUCCCCCAAACAAAAAUAUGCUCUGAUUCCUGAUAACUUCACUACCCUUGACCAGGUUACAACUGCAUUGAGGAAUGAAGGUUUAGAAUCAUCCAAUCUUGUCCUUGGAAUUGAUUUCACAAAAAGCAACGAAUGGACUGGAAGAAUCUCAUUCGAAAAUAGAAGCCUGCAUGCUAUUGGAAAUACACCUAAUCCCUAUGAGAAAGCUAUCUCUAUUAUUGGCAAGACUCUGGCUCCCUUUGAUGAUGACAACUUGAUUCCUUGUUUUGGCUUUGGUGAUGCCACCACACAUGAUCUUGAAGUGUUUAGCUUUCACGGUGAUAGUUCAUCUUGCCAUGGUUUUGAGGAGGUUUUGGCUUGCUAUCAAAAUAUUGUUCCAAAUUUGAGACUUUCUGGACCAACCUCUUAUGCUCCGGUAAUUGAGGCUGCAAUAGACAUAGUUGAGAAAAGUCAUGGACAAUUCCAUGUGCUAGUUAUUGUCGCAGAUGGCCAGGUAACAAGUAAUGGCGGCACUCAAGAUGGAAAACUCAGUCCUCAAGAAGAGAGGACAAUCAACGCAAUCGUUGAGGCAAGUUCGUAUCCCCUUUCUAUUAUUCUGGUUGGAGUUGGUGAUGGACCUUGGGAUGACAUGAAGAAGUUUGACGACAAGAUACCAACACGUGAUUUUGACAAUUUUCAGUUUGUUAAUUUCACUGAAAUAAUGUCUAAGAAUACAAGCUCCUCUGAGAAAGAAACUGCUUUCGCUCUAGCUGCUUUAAUGGAGAUACCUUUCCAAUUUAAAGCAGCCCUUGAACUUGGACUACUUGGUCGUUCAACAGGAAGGUCAAAGAAAAUUGUUCCAAGACCUCCUCCAGCUCCUUAUUCUCGGUCUGUGCCACCAGCUCAUGUUCUGAGCACAAUGCCAGCAUUCAUAGAUGAUGAGCGAAACCAAAUGGUAUGUGCGAUUUGUCUGACUAAUGGAAAGGAUUUGGCUUUUGGAUGUGGUCACAUGACUUGCAGAGACUGUGGAUCCAAGAUAAGCAAUUGUCCCAUAUGCCGCGAGAGGAUCACUACUCGCCUUAGGGUUUUUGCUGGCUGAUUACAUAAGGAAAGUCCUGUACAAUAUAUAAUUUGACUGAUAGCAUGUUUAGUUUAGCUUAAUUUUAAAGAAUUAAUCGCUUAUUUUUCAAAAGAAAUUGAAAGAAAUAAGUGAUUAUUUCUCUAAAAAUACUAAAUCAAACAUGCCC